ACAGUGUACUGCACUGAGUACUCUCAACAACGAGAAGAAGAUGAUAUAUGAGACUAUAUAUGUGAAGGACGAAACCAACCGACAAGUGAAAAAUAAGGACAGAUGACGAAAGGAGAGCUCUGAGUUCAGACGACGAGAGAGACAGAGACAGGUGUGACUUUGGGGUGGACACUCCAAUCUUUACGACGCCACAUUUCAUAUUCCUUCCUCCUCUGGGAUUUGAAAUCUUAAAUUUGGUAUUCCUUACUUCGUGCUGCUGCUGCUGCUGUUGUUGUUGUUUGUUGUUGUGAGUUGUGACUGUGGGUUUGGGGGUGUGGUGCUGUGGGCUGGAGAGGCGGAGAGGCGGAGAAAAAAAAGAGAGGAUAUCUAUAUCUAUAUAUAUAUAUACAUAUGGCGAAUCAACUGGGGAACUUGGUAGAAUCGAUCAAGUCGAAGGUGAGAGCUCUGAAGAAAUCCAAGAAACCAUAUGUAAAGAUGGACAAGAGUUCCAGCGUUAAGGUCGAGAUCCGAAGCAGGCGUGCCAGAAAGCUUAUCGACCAGACUUUGAAACUCGCCGAUCGUCCCGGAAAGAAAAGCAUUUCUUAAAUCUUUUUUCACUCCUCACUCUUCACCACCGCCGCUCCUCCUCUUCGAGAAGGAAAAAUUAAAAGUAAGUGGUUGUGUCUCUUGUACUUUUUCGAUCCUUGCCAGAACAUAAAUAAAAAAGGUCUUCUCUUUA